AUGAUUGACGGGACGUCGGAUGCCGUCUCAUUGGUGGUGGAAGUGAUAGAAGGGGUGAAGCUGGUCGCUGUGAGUGAUGCAGGGGUUGGGGUGAGAAUAAAGGUGCCUGUGUUCGAGGGCGGCGGAGCGUCAGCCUCGUGAUCACGGUUGGCGGGGUUGGUCGUGGGGUUUGGUACAGGGGUGUUAGUGCGAGGAGAAAUUGACGUUGCCAGGUUGUUAUUGCAUGGCGUCGGGAGAAGCCGGUUCGCGCGCGGAAUGUGUGCUGACAGUGGGGGCAUGUUUGAAGCCACUAACUAUUGAUGUCGUGGAUCCAGGAUGCUUGGGACUUAAAAGUUGCCCUUCUGGUUUUGGCAGCGACGAUCCGGUUUGUUUUGUAGAUUGCUGCGCUAGUUGUCACUGAUCUCCUCCAAGCCGGUCUGCUCUGGGCGAGGUUCCCCCAGGUCUCCGAGUUGGGAUGCAAUUGCUUUAGAAAGUCCUCUAAGGUGUCCUCGUGGCGUCGUUUUUGCCUUCCCUGUCGGCCGGCACCCGUGGCGACACCUCUGUAGAAAGUCGUUUGGGUAGUUGCUCAUCGUCCAUUUUUAGCAGGUGGCCGCUCUAUCGCAGUUGCAGUUACUUCAGCAUGGCGUGGAUGCCGAGGAUUCCGAUCCGUUCCAGGACUAUCGUGUCUGGGAUCCUUUACUGACAUCUCAGCUUCAGUGUUCUGCAGAUGCAGCUGAGAUGGAAGUGAUUCGGCUUUCUGGCUUGAUCGGAUUACACAUCCCAAACCUCUGCUCCGUACAGAAGUGUCGUCAUGACGAUCGCCUUGUACAUCUUCAGCUUGGUGUUCAGUCUAAGGCUGUGGUGAUUCCACGCGGAGACUUGCAGCCGACCGAAUGCCUGGCUGACGUUGGAGAUUCGAUGGGCGACCUCGUCGCCGAAUUUCGUGCUGCGCGAGUAUGCUUCAUAGAUAAGCGAGGUUGUCCACGGUUUGGGGUUGGCUGCCGUCAACAUUGAUUCGAGAAGUGCUGUAUUCCGUGUUGGGUGACGGUUGGUACAUGAACACCGUUUCGUCCGUGUUUAUUUUCAGUCGGAUGUCGGCGCAUCCGGCGGCAAAGAGGUCCAUGCCGCUUUACAUGUCCUCUUCGGUCGUGGUGCUAAGCGCUCAGUCGUUUGCGAAGAGCAGGUCGUGGACCGUAGUCGUAGAUAG